AUGUCUCGCUUCAAGAUCAACAGAAAGCGCCGUAUGAUCGCCGCAAUAGCGAUAUCUGGCGGCUUCUUCAUCGCAGAGCUGGUCGUCGGGUACCGCACAAAGUCUCUCGCUCUUAUAGCAGACGCCUUUCACUACAUGAAUGACCUAAUAGGGUUCGCCGUCGCCUUGAUAGCUUUGGUAGUUUCAGAGAGGAAAACCCCUCCGCCUAAAUCCCUACCCUUUGGCUGGAAUCGCGCCCAGGUGUUGGGAGCCUUCUUCAACGGCGUGUUCCUGCUUGCGUUGGGUGUCAGCAUCCUCCUCCAAGCGAUUGAGAGAUUCACUCAACUUCCAAAUCUCAAAGACCCAAUACUGAUUCUAAUCAUGGGCUGCGUCGGCCUCGGGCUCAACAUGAUAGUCCUGAGUUUCCUCCACGAACCACAUCAUCACGAACAUACCCGAGAAACCACACACCCCGCCGAGGAGUCAAGAGACCCCCUCUCGCCCACCAAUACGCCUAUACCAACAACAUCAUCUCCCAAGCACCACAACCACACCCACCCCCUCAACAUCAACAUGCUAGGCGUCCUCCUCCACGUCCUAACCGACGCCCUGAACAACCUCUCCGUCAUAAUCGCCGCCCUCAUCAUCUGGAAAUCUCCCUCCCCCAACCGCUUCUACGCCGACCCGGCAAUCGGCAUCUUCAUCGCCCUAACAAUCACGCUCUCCGCUGUGCCCCUCUGCCGGCGCGCAGGCCAGAUCCUGAUGGAGAGCGCGCCUGCGGGCGUUGACGUGGAGUUUGUCCGGGGGGAGAUGCUAAAGGUCCCCAGGGUCCAAGAAGUUUCAAACUUACUCGUCUGGCAACUAGACCAGACAACAACCCUCGCAACCGCACACGUCACCAUAACGGAAGACAGCAUCAGCAGCUUCGCGUCUACAGCCGAUGCUAUUGACUUAAGAUUACAACAAUUCGGGAUCCGCUCCGUCGCACUGCAUCCUACCACCACACAGCAACGACCGCACCACGAAGUCCAGGAAGGAAUGAAGAUAUCUUGA